UCUCGGCGAAAAGGGGCGGGAGCCGGCAGUCAGGCGGGCAGACAGAGACUUCUUGCUAUCUAGCCUGGGACUGUGUGUGGGCAUUAAUUUUAGUAUGGUUAUCUCCGAUGAGCCGAGGCGAUUUGGAGAAGCAGCCCAGAGGAGGCCAGCUGGGCUGCAUUUCGCCUCCCUCCUCCACCCGCUCCGAGUCUCCCUGUCAUUCUUCCUGCCCUCCCCGUUGGGGUGGCCUCGCUCCGGGGCGGUCUCACGCCCCCCUCACAUUUACCCCUCCUUUUCUCUGCGCUCCGCUCCACCCCGCUGCGUCGAUCCCGGAACGGUGUGGCCUUUCCGGGGCUGGGGAUGACCGAGGGGUGGGCGAGGGUGGCCCAGCCGGUACGACCGCGCGCGCUGAUGGCUGCAGACGCGAGCCGUGUCUAAGGAGCUAGAAGUCAGCUUGGAGCGGCGCGGGACCGUGGAUGGCCUUGACUGACGGCGGCUGGUGCCUGCCGAAGCGCUUCGGGGCCGCGGCUGCGGACGCCAGCGAUCCCGGAGCCUUUCCAGCGCGGGAGCCCUCCACGCCGCCUUCCCCCAUCUCCUCUUCCUCCUCCUGCUGCUCUCGGGGUGGGGAGCGCGGCCUCGGCGGCGCCAGCAACUGCAGGACGCCGCAGCUAGACACGGAGGCGGCGGUGGGACCCCCGGCCCGCUCGCUGCUGCUCAGCCCCUACGCCUCGCAUCCCUUCGCGGCUCCCCACGGACCAUCGGCGCCCGGGGUCGCUGGCCCCGGGAGCGCCCUGUCGAGCUGGGAGGACCUACUGCUCUUUACUGACCUCGACCAGGCCGCGACCGCCAGCAAGCUGCUGUGGUCCAGCCGCGGCGCCAAGCUGAGCCCCUUCGCCCCCGAGCAACCCGAGGAGAUGUACCAGACCCUCGCCGCCCUCUCCAGCCAGGGGCCAGCCGCUUACGACGGCGCGCCCGGAGGCUUCGUGCACUCGGCGGCUGCCGCUGCAGCAGCCGCGGCCGCGGCCAGCUCCCCAGUCUACGUGCCCACUACGCGAGUGGGUUCCAUGCUGCCCGGCCUGCCUUACCUACAGGGGGCGGGCAGCGGGCCCGCCAACCACGCGGGCGGCGCGGGCGCGCACCCCGGCUGGCCCCAAGCCUCGGCCGACAGCCCCCCUUACGGCAGCGCAGGCGGUGCGGCAGGCGGCGGGGCCACCGGGCCCGGCAGCGCCAGCUCGGCCGCAGCGCAUGUGUCCGCGCGCUUCCCUUACCCGCCCAGCCCGCCGAUGGCCAACGGCGCAGCGCGGGACCCGGGGGGCUACGUGGCGGCCGGCGGCGGCGGCGCGGGCGGCGUGGGCGGCGGCGGUGGCGGAGGCAGCCUCGCGGCCAUGGGCGGUCGCGAGCACCAGUAUAGCUCGCUGUCGGCCGCCAGGCCGCUGAACGGGACGUAUCACCAUCAUCACCACCACCACCCGAAUCCCUACUCGCCUUAUGUGGGUGGACCGCUUACGCCUGCCUGGCCCGCUGGACCCUUCGAGACCCCGGUGCUCCACAGCCUGCAGAGCCGCGCGGGAGCCCCGCUCCCGGUGCCGCGGGGCCCCAGCGCAGACCUGCUGGAGGACCUGCCCGAGAGUCGUGAGUGCGUGAACUGCGGCUCCAUCCAGACGCCGCUCUGGCGGCGGGACGGCACCGGCCACUACUUGUGCAACGCCUGCGGCCUCUACAGCAAGAUGAACGGCCUCAGCCGGCCCCUCAUCAAGCCCCAGAAGCGCGUGCCUUCCUCCCGGCGGCUUGGAUUGUCCUGUGCCAACUGUCACACCACAACUACCACUUUGUGGCGCAGAAACGCGGAGGGCGAACCUGUGUGCAAUGCUUGUGGACUCUACAUGAAACUGCAUGGGGUGCCUCGACCACUUGCUAUGAAAAAAGAGGGAAUUCAAACCAGGAAACGAAAACCUAAGAACAUAAAUAAGUCAAAGGCUUGCUCUGGUAAUAGCAAUAAUUCUGUUCCUAUGACUCCAACUUCCACCUCUUCUAACUCAGAUGAUUGCAGCAAAAAUACUUCCCCCACAACACAACCGACAGCCUCAGGGGCGGGCGCCUCGGUGAUGUCUGGUUCGGGGGAGAGCACCAACCCCGAGAACAGCGAGCUCAAGUACUCAGGUCAAGAUGGGCUGUACAUUGGUGUCAGCCUGGCCUCACCAGCCGAAGUCACGUCCUCUGUGCGGCAGGAUUCCUGGUGCGCGCUGGCCCUGGCCUGAGCCUGCAGCCCAGCGGGAGGGCGCCACCAGCGCCCUUGUGCCAAGCAGUCCACACCCGGGCGAGUAUGCUGACCGAACAUUCCUCUGACGCGUGGUUUCCGUGCCUUUGUUUUGAAAGAGAUGUAUUUCCCAAGAGGCCCCUCUGCCUUCACGCGGCCAGUCUCUGAGGAGCCAGAGAGGAGACGCAGCUCUUCCAGGGAAUGGCCAGAGCUGCCCACAGCCCGCCAGCCAGCUCCCUGGCCAUGGCCACUUCCAGCCAGCCUGCCUCUGGGUCAGCCAGGGAUGCGAUGUCCGCUGUGCCACUUCCAGAAACCGGGACUAGGGCUGGGGCCUUGCCUGCUAAGGAAUAUUUUAAAAGAUUUUUGUGUAUUGCCCCAAAUCAUGUGCUUCUUCUGAUCAGUUUUGGUUAUUCCAGAAUUUCUUCAUCCCUUUUCCACACCAAAUUUCACAUGCAUUCAUGGAGAAGACCAUUCGAGGCCAUUUGGUACACACCUCUGGAGGCUGAGUCGGUUCAUGAGGUUUCUUGUCAAAAAUAUCACUCACUUUGCGAGACUACAUCGUAACUGUUAACGUACACUGUGACUGAUGUUUCUCAAAGUUAAUAUUGUGCGACUGAUCUGACGUCAGUCGGAAUUUGUAAACAGGGUAGCAAACAAGAUAUUUUUCUUCCAUGUAUACAAUAAUUUUUUUAAAAAGUGCAAUUUGCGUUGCAGCAAUCAGUGUUAAAUCAUUUGCAUAAGAUUUAACAACAUUUUUUAUAAUGAAUGUAAACAUUUUAACUUAAUGGUACUUAAAUAAUUUAAAAGAAAAAUGUUAACUUAGACAUUCUUAUGCUUCUUUUACAACUACAUCCCAUUUCUCUAUUUCCAAGGUUAAAGAAAAAAUAUUUCAAGAACAAAUCUUCUCUCAGGAAAAUUGCCUUUAUCCAUUUGUUAAGAAUUUUUAUACAAGAACACCAAUAACCCCCCCACCUCUUUAUUUUACUGUGGAAUAUGUGCUGGAAAAAUUGCAACAGAACUUUACUACCUAACAGAACAUUUGUAAAUAAUCUAGGUAUCCGUACACACUAUGAUCGUGUGACUAGCCCACAGGCAGGUUGGUUUAUAUUCAUUUUUCAAAAAUGGGAUGUCAUAUGGAAACCUACUUCACCAGAGUUUUAAAAAAAUAAAAAGGGUAUUGUUUUGUCUUCUG